GCCGCGCGGCGUCCGCGUCACUCCAAUCCCCUCGCCCCGCGGCGCCUCCGUUCACAGCGCCAUGGCGGGGUGGAUCUCCUCCAAGCUCAAAGCAGCCGAGACCCUCCUCCACCAGAUCGAUCAGCAGGCGGCGGAAUCCCUCGGCAAGUCCCCAUCCGCUUCCGACCUCGCCACGCUGCACUCCACAACAUCUCGCUCCGCCGAUGACCUCCUUGACGUGCCGCUCCCGCGCAGGCCGCCGCCGUCCGGCCCGCCCCCCUCACUCGGCCUCCGUCUCGCAGCGAAGCGCCGCUCCCCGCCUUCCCAAGGGCCCCGUCGCUCCGCAUCGGCGGCUGCGAUGCUCGCGGUGCAGGAUCAAGCCGGUGGUGAACCAACGGUGGGGGUGGUGGCCGAGGUGAAACCGGAAACGGAUGGAGGGGAUCGCGAGGACGGCAAGAGUGUCGCGUCCGAGAGCGGGAGCGAUGAGGACUCCGAUGGGUCAGGGAGCGAAGAUUCGGAGGAUUCCGAGGAGGAGAGGCGGAGGGAGGAGGAGAGGACGCGGCGGCGGGCUGAGCGGCUUGCGGCCAUGGCCGCACGCGCUAUUGCUGAGCGCGAAGAUGCUGUUGCGAGGCUCGAGGGGGAGAAGGCGGGGCUUGAGAAGCUGCUCGCCGAGCGUGAGAAGGAGCAGGCUCAGGAGGCUUCAGAGUUGCAGACUAGUAUGAUUGAAACCUUGGAAGCAGUGGAGAUAGAGAAACAGAGACAUCACAGCACUAGAAUGGAAGCCCUUGCACGUUUGGCUAGACUUGAGGUUACAAACGGUGAGCUUGCAAAGUCACUUGCCAGGGAACAAUGGAAUCUGGAAGUUCAAGUAGAUCAAGUGGCGCAGCUUCGAGAGGAAGUUGAAUUGAAGAAACUUGCUCAAGAUAAAUACAGAAGAAAGCUAACAAAGAUACAAAAGACAAGUGCCCCUCCGGUUGAUGAAAUAGAAUCUUUGAGAAGGUUCAAGCUGGAGGAAGAAAUUAUUGAUGCAGAAUACACUCUGACAUGUGACAGAAUUGUGAGCUUGAAGGACAAGGCAAGGAAGAUUGAAGAAAGCAUUGAGCUGACUAGAAGAGACAUGGUUCAUCCUACAGAGGUGGAAAUUGAGCUCAAGAAGAGGCUUGAUCAACUAACUGAUCGGUUGAUUCAGAAACAAAUGCAGGUGGAGUCCCUAUCUUCAGAGAAGGCAGCUCUGUUAAUGAGAAUCGAGGCAGUCACGAGGUUGCUUGACAAUAGCACCUCAUCAUCAGCUUCCUCAAGCUCAUCAAGAUUGGACAUUGAAGCUGGUGCAUGGCAACAAUCACAUUCACCAACAAUCACAUUCACCAACAAUCACAUUCGCGACAGAAUACGGGCUGGACAGCAGCAACUGGGAUCUGCGAUCCGACAGCUCGAUUCGAUCUUUUCAGCCGGGCAUAUCUUCUUGAGGCGGAAUCCGAAGGCGCAGGUUUGGGCCUUGGUGUACCUGGUAUGCCUCCACUUAUGGGUACUGUACAUACUAACAUCACACCCAACAGUGUCGGAAACUCGCUCUGGGGCAACCUUUUCUUUGGAGACAUUAAACAAGACUAGCACUUGAUUGCUUUUUCCUGGCAUGUUCUGAUGUUAUAUUCUGGCUGUAUACAUGAGGCAUCAUACCUUUUUCUGGUUGAGAAAAAUCUUAGCAUAUAAUGCCUCGUGCAUUUUGUUUUGGUACCUGUCCCUAUCCGCAAUUAAAGUGUAACGGUGGCUGGUUGCAUACAUGAAAGUUGGAAUUACUUUUGGACAA